UCAAUUCUUGAAUAAAGUCAACCGAAAUUGCUUUAACCAAACAAACAGUUCAAACAAAAGAAAAAAGGUUUGACGCGCGUUUUGCCAAUUUUACUGUUUUCAUACGAAAUAUUCGUGGAUAUUUGUCUUAUUUUUAAAUUAAAUUCUACAUAACGUUCGCAAAAUGGAUAAAAAGAAUGAAAUCCAACUGAAUAAUGCGCCGAGUGAUGUGAUUUCAUCGUGUAAAUUUGCACCGAAUUCCAAUCAAUUUUUGUUGGUCAGUUCAUGGGAUUGCACCGUUCGUCUGUAUGAUACCGUGAGCAAUGCAUCGCGACAAAAAUUCUCACACGAAGCUCCCGUUUUGGAUUGUACAUUUCAGGAUGCUGUGCAUGUUGCUAGCGGUGGUUUGGAUAAUACGUUGAAAUUUUACGAUUUGAAUACACACACGGACACCAUCAUCGGAACACAUAAUGAUGCCAUCAAAUGUGUUGAAAUGGCCAGCAAAGUGAAUGGCAUUUUAACCGGCAGUUGGGAUAAAACAGUCAAACUGUGGGAUACCAGAGAGAAGGAAUGCGUUGGCACGUAUGAACAAAACAAUGGCAAAGUCUAUUCUAUGGAUUGUAUCGAUGAAAAAUUGGUGGUGGCCACAUCCGAUCGUAAGGUACUCAUUUGGGAUCUACGAAAUAUGGAACAAUUUAUUACACGACGCGAAUCAUCACUCAAAUACCAAACCCGAUGCAUUCGCAUCUUUCCGAAUAAGGAUGGCUUUGUGAUGAGCUCAAUUGAAGGACGUGUUGCCGUUGAGUACUUCGAUUUGGAUGCAGAGGUGCAAAAACGGAAAUUCGCAUUUAAAUGCCAUCGCUCGAAGGAGAACAACAUCGAAAUCAUUCAUCCAGUCAAUGCAAUCAGUUUCCAUAGCGUUUACAAUACAUUUGCCACAGGUGGUUCUGAUGGUUUUGUCAACAUUUGGGAUGGAUUCAACAAGAAGCGUUUGUGUCAAUUCCAUCAUUAUGACACAUCAAUUUCGGCAUUAAACUUUAGUUCAGACGGCACCACAUUGGCCAUUGCAUGCUCAUACUUGGAUGAAUUGGAAAAACCACCCGAACCCGUGCCAGAGCCGGUCAUCUAUGUGCGUUAUGUUAACGAACAAGAAAUCAAGCCGAAAUAAAUAUUGUGGUCGACUUUUCUCUCAUCUCUCUCAUACCAUUUUAAGCAGACUCAUUAAAUAAAUGCACGAAGAGCCAGUAUUUGGCGGUGUCAAUAAAUAAAUAAUAUAAAAAAACAACGUA